AGAGACAAUGGUUUAUCUAAUUACAAGCCGACAAAACCCAAUGCCGCUAGGGUUUGGGAGAACAACAAUUUGAUAAUCCGACACCCUUUCUCCUCCCAACCAGAACUUCAUCUUCUCUGCUUAUUCACCACGAAUCAUCUCUACUUCUCGAUCUUCUUGCGAAUCUUCGCCAGCUGUAUUGGGGAAAAGCGUAUUCCUCUGUUUUUGGCUGUUGGGUUUAAAAUCUUCACCUGUUAAGGGUUUGUAAGCAAAGAAUCAUCAUAAUUGGUAGUUCAGUAGUAUCAAAACCCUUUUAUGAUUUAGGAAUUGAUAAUUGGGGGAAAAACCCUUUCCGUCGAGCUGAGUUUCGAACGAUAAGGAGCUCCGAAUCAUGGCGACCAGGGCAAUACUCGAUGCGCUGCUGAAAAAACCCAGCUUUGGGAACCAAGCGUUUAGCUCCAGAGACCCAUUCUUCGGCAGCUUUGUGGGCGCUUCCUCCUCCGCUGCCGCCGCCGCUUCUUUUGCCAUUGCUACUCCUUUUGCAUAUCGAGCUUUGUUUGGUAAUGACCCUAUGCAAUAUGCAUAUUGUGAUGCUGGUGCAAUCUUGGGUGAAGAUCUCAAUGCUGCUAUUCGAGCGGGGCAAGUUGGCUCUGGCUAUGUUGAUGCAGCCAUUGGGGAGAAUAACACUAAAAGUUAUUGGACUGGGAACGUUUUCGGGAAUGAUGAACUAAGUCGCAGUUUCAAGCAGUAUGAUAUCAAGCUGAAACCACUCUUCUCGGCAUUUCAUUGGAAAAAUUUUGGCCUGACAUCAUUGAGGUCUUUUCUGUUAUUCUAUUUGCCACUUCUGGAACCCCGUCGUCCUACGGAAGAUGAUGACGAAGAUUUUCUAGUUGAGAAUCCAGAAGAGCAUCGUGUAGAUUUGGUUGAGCCAUUUAAGAAAUCAGUGAUACAAAUAAUCCGUGAGACAAGUGUGGUUACCACUAGACGUAUUCUUGAAAGACUUGCAGUUCAUUACGCUUCACAACGCAUAGCAUGGAAACUUCUCAAGGAUGUUCCCAAGUCCGCGAUUCGGAAGGCGGGGAGGAAAAUGCCAACUUGUACAUUCUGUUACUGUGUUAGCAGAACCACUUUCCGAGGACAUCUCCUCGGAGUUGUAGCUUCGUGGGCUGUUCAAAUCGGCCUCAAUAUCUACGCAUUUUUUUCUAAAAUAACUAAAUCCAAGGACAGUGAUGCAACAACUGAUACAACAAAAGAACUUAAGAUCCUUGGAAAGAAGGUUUAUGGUACGACUGUCCGAUGUUGCGCCUCGCUCGUUUUUGCAUCUAUAGGAGCUGGCAUUGGCUCUACGUUAAUUCGUCCCGGAACCGGGCAGUGGAUUGGGUGUACGCUUGGGGAUUUAGGAGGACCGAUUAUCAUUGCAUUCUGUUUCGAGAAACUUGGUUGGGUAAUCUAAAGGCUCAUAUCAACAGAGAAUUGCUCAUACACACUUGUAUUUUUUUAAUGACUUUUUUUUUUCGUUUUAAGUUGGUUGAUUGUAAUGGUAGAAAUAAUUUAUUUCAUAAAAUAUAAAAUUGAUGGAAUAAUUUAUUUGCAAUUUGUUCCAUGAGCUUAGUUGCGGAAGCAAGUUUACUGUUAAUCCGCAGUCGAACAUAUGUAUUAUUCGAAAAGCUUUAUAGAAAGAAGGAAACACAUGUUUUUUUUUU